UAUAAAACUAAGAGACGAGACAAUAUGUAUCUGCAUGCAACAAUAUGAUACUGCUGUUUUCAGAGUUCAGAAUGGACUGCAACAGCAUUCUGUAGCUAGUAGAGCUUGAUAAGAGAACAUGAUAUGCAGAUCUAUAUAUAGAAUACUGCUAGUAACUCGGCAAUGCAAUAUCGAACAGUACAUAGCAAUUGUAGAUAUUGCUGGAAAAUAAAACAAGCUAUUCUAACAACGCACUUGCAACGCAGUUCAACUAGGAUAUUACAGAAUAUAUAAGAAUAAAGAUUCAACGGUGACGACAACAGUAUGAUGCGACGUAAAAGAAGUCCAUAUGGGACGUGUGACGCUUACAUCAACCUUUCUAAUUCCCUCUUCAACGCAAUUGAGGACGAAAAUGACUCUCAAGUGUCAAGGGUUCUAGAAUCCAACAAGGAGCUCGCAAAAGAAAUCAUCCAAACAACUGUUUAUAUUCAGAACUUCGGUGAAGGUACCGUGUUCCACGCUGCUGCAUACUACGGACACUGUAAUAUCGUAAGAACAUUUCUUAAACACGGGGUUGAUGUGAAUAUGAAGGACAGUAGAAAUCGUACUGCACUUCAUGCAGCGGCUGUAAGAGGUUUAUUAAACAUGGUGUCAUACCUUAUUAAAGAACAAAGCGUCAUUGAUACCAAGGACAGAUGGGGACAGACUCCCCUCCACAAAGCCUGUAGCUAUGGAUACACAGAUGUCGCGAUGGUUUUGCUUAAAAAGGGAGCCCAUCCAGAGUAUAUGGAUAACUUUGGAAGAACCCCUUUGGAUGUUUCGGUUUUGAUGGGUCAUUCUCACACCGCCGAAUUUCUUAUAAAAUUUCUGGAAAGUCAUCAAAAUGAGAGUUAUUCCUGCGAUAAAUCUGAGAACAAAAUCCGCAAGAACUCCAAGAAUAUAGACUCCCAAAACUCAAUAAGUAAAGACUCCGAGGACUCUAAGCUAAAUGCCUCUAAAACCUCUGAGAGUAACGCCUCCCAAACCAUUGACAGUAACAGCUCACAGAUAUCUGAAAGUAACGCCCCUCAAAAAUCUGAUCAUGAGAGUAACGCAUUACAAACCACUGAGGAUAACGCCUCCCAAAGUUCUGAAAGUAACGUCUGUGACGAUGAAGCGGGGAAUAACGCCUGCAAAAAUGAUAAUGUUGCGGACCCAAACUCUGAGAGUAACUCAUUUGGUAACAAUGAGAGUAAUGCAUGAUGUCAUGUUAGCAAAGGAUAUAUACGAAUAUAAAAUUAUAGAGGGAUUAGUAUUAAUAUGCUACACCCCAAUUUCAGAUAUGUUUUUAGAUCACUUAACAUGAGCAGGCUUUAACACGUGAUCAACAGGAAUUUUGGUGUUGUCAAGCUUUUUGGAGGGGGUGUACCUCUCUUAUAUUCAUUAUACACGACAAUUUUGAUACAAAUAAUUGUCUUGAUACAAAGAUAUAUGCUUUCAACAUAAUUUCAAAUUACAUCGAAGCUGAGAGAGACGGUUAAUCAACGAACAUCAUAGCAGCUCGUCGAUCGUUUUGUACUUUGUGCUUUAUCGCUGGCUUGCUAGUGAAGUAAUCGCCGUAAACCCUGGUCACAGUGAACUAUUAAAUAAUACUAGAAAACUUGGCAAAUGUUGGCUGAAGAAUUAUAAUGAACACUCUACCCACUGGCGCGAGUAGCAACAGUAUUUCAGACAAUGAUAUUAGGGCCUUAACAACAUCAGUAUCUUCAGCAAAGAGUCUUUGUAACGUUAAUGUACAUUUAUAGUAUGUAUUACUGUUGAAACAGUUUUCCAGGUUCUAAUUUGAAAUAAUACAUAAAGAUUUUAAGUUCCAAGUGUUUAUUUUUCCAUGUUAAAAUUAAUUAGUUACACUCAGUUAAUAAUAUCCAAUGUUAAAACAGUCCCGAUCAUGAGAUGUAAUUAGGGAAUGCUUCACAUACCUAUAAAAGAUGCAAGCCAAUAUAAGUACAUGAACUAAAGAGGAAUAAAGAAU